CGCCAAAUUAAAUAUUUCUCUUUUCUUUCUCGAGGAUAGUAGAGCUUGUUGAAGUGUAAUCUUUGGUUCUCGUGGUGAUUGUUUAUUUGAAUUUUUGUUAUUAGUGUAUAUAAUUAUUUAAAUUUAUUUUGUUUCUAGUUUAUUUAGUAGUACCGUACCGUAUUUUAUUUAGCGUUAUUGUGUAAAUUAGUGUUUAAUUAGUGUUAGUGUUAUUGUUUAAAUUAGUGUAAGUUGAAAUUCGCUGUAAAGAAAUGAAUACUGUAAAAAAAAGGUCCUCAAACUUUUCUGGUCCAGAAAUCAAUAAUUUAAUGAACAUUAUGUUUCAAGAGAUUCACAUAAUUGAGGACAAAAAAACCGACCACGUGUCUUUAAACCAAAAAAAGGAGUCCUGGCAAAGAGUUGUACAAUUGUACAAUGCAACAAACACUAACAAAAGAGAUUUAGCGUCUAUUAAAUCGAAAUAUGAUAACAUUAAACGUAAUAUGAAGAAGACAGUGGCCCAAAUGAAGCGAAAUAAAAAUAAAACUGGUGGAGGGCCACCAGAAAAGACAGAGUUAACGUGGUAUGAAGACCAGUUACACCAUAUUUUAAGUGAAAUCGUUGAUGGCUUAACAGCAGAAGGUGACAGUGAUGAUCGUAACAUGACCCAGGCAUGCAGGCCUAUAAAAGAACAUAUGCCUAUAAAAGAAAAUUUGCAUAUAGAAGAAAAUGAUAAUGAAGUCCAGGAAGAUUGGCAAGAAGUAGACAAUCAAGCUGACUCAAUUUCAAUUGAAGAUGGCCCGGGUACAUCCGGAAUUGGACAAGAAGUGACCCAAUGUAAAGUGGACAGUAAAAACCAAAAUCAAGGCAAAGGAAACAGAAAAAGAACUACCUCAACAACGACAGAACGAGGAGAAAGCCUUGAAAAAUUCAGCAAACUGGCUCAAACUAAAACAGAAGUAUCAGAAUUGCAAAAAAGUUGCUACGAAGCAGAUUUGAAUAAUAAAGAAAAUGAUGCAUUGAAAAAACAAGAAGAGUGGGACAAGAAACAAGAAAUGCUGGAUUUAGACCUGCUUAUAAAACAAGAAGAAUAUGAGGAGCUGCUAAGACAGAAUGCUAGGAGGGAAGAACUGUUUCAGUUGGAGAGGAGAGAGAGAAGGUUAAGAGUAUUUAUUUUACAAAAGAAAAGAAACAGAAUGAAUAAAUAAACAAUUAUUCUCAGA